AUGGAACGCACCUUAUUAUCAUUCGAUGAUUUAAAUAUUGAUUCAUCUUUAAUUAAACGUUUUGAACAUUCAAAUAUUCGUACUAUCUAUGAUUUAUAUUGUUAUUCACCAUUUGAAUUGUCAUUAAAAUUUCAUUUACCAUUAGAUACAAUGAAUGAUUUAUUAGAAAGAAUUUAUGUUCAAUUUUAUAUUCAACCAACAACGGCCUAUGAUUUAUUAAUUCAAACACAAAAUCAAAAUAUUCCAACUAAUAUUUCAACAUUAGAUAAUUGUCUCAAAGGUGGUCUACGUCGAAAAUCUUUAACUGAAUUAUGUGGUUCAUGGGGAAGUGGAAAAACGCAAUUUUCUCUUUAUCUAUGUUCACAAUGUUCAUUAGCAUUUAAACAUACAAUUUAUAUUGAUACUGAACGAGCAUUUUCAGCUAAACGUCUAUUAGAAAUAAUUAUAUCUUGUUCUGAACAAAAUCAUAAUAAAAAACUAUUAAAUUAUGAUAAAAAAUAUUAUGAAAAAUAUCUUGAAUAUGUACGGUAUGAAUGUGUAAGUGAUAUGACACAAUUAAUGAAAUUAUUAAAUACAAUUGAACAAGAAUUACAAGAGAAAAAUGAUCAUGAUAUUAUAUUAAUUAUUGUAGAUUCAAUAGCUGCACCAUUGAGAGCAUCAACUCCAUAUUAUAAACGACAUCAAUUACUACUGGAGUUUACUGAUCUUGUUAAACGUUUAGCUGAAAAUUUAAAUCUUGUUAUGUUUGUUACAAAUCAAAUCACAACCAAACGACGUAGUGGAGUAUUAAUUGAAAAUGAUUCAUCAGUAACACAUCAAGCAAAGACUAUUAAACAAACGUCAAAUGAAAAUAGUGAAAUUGUAUUUUCUCAAUCAUUAUUGAUUAGCGAUAUUCAACAAAAACUGUGUGAAGAUGACGAGAAUAUGGAUAAUAAUGAGUACUAUAUGGGUAUUGCACUAGGCAAAGCAUGGACCUAUAGUGUAAAUCUUCGUUUAGCCAUUUCAUAUGAUGAUGCUUAUAAUCGAGAGCAACGACGUUUAAUUAUUGGAAAAUCGAUUGAUUGCCCCGGAUAUUCAAUUCCGUUUCAAAUAACGAAUUGUGGUAUUGAAGAAGGAGAAACUGUAGUAUUGAAUGAACUAAAACAAGAGCAACAUCUACAUCAAAACAAAAAAAUAAAAUUGUUGACACCACAACUUAUUGUAGCAGAUAAUAUGCAACUUGUUGGCAAGAGAAUCCUUUAG